AUGCCGUUCGCCGUGGUCCUGAACGGGCCGGCCCCCUGGGGGUUCCGCCUGGUGGGGGGCAAGGACUUCAACCAGCCGCUGACCAUCUCCAGGGUGACGCCCGGCAGCAAGGCGGCCCUGGCCGACCUGCGCCCCGGCGACUUGAUCGUAGCCAUCGAGGGCGCCUCGUCCGAUGACAUGCUGCACUGCGACGCUCAGAACAAAAUCAAAGAGUCUAACCAACAGCUCGCGCUCACCGUGGAAAGAACGGAAGCCAAACUGUGGUCGCCGUUGGUGACGGAGGACGGCAAAGUCAGCCCCUUCAAGAUCAACCUGGAAGCCGAGCCGCAGGAGCGGCGGGCGGUGGGCGCGGCGCAUAACCGGCGAGCGCAGCCCUUCGUGGCGGCGGCCAACAUCGACGACACGCGUCAGGUGGUCAGCGCCACCUACAACACGCCCAUCGGACUCUACUCUUCCGGAAACAUCCGGGACGCCAUGGAAGGACAGAUGAAAGGAUUCGUGCAGCCCAAGCCCGACAGUCCUCGGACGUUGGCCAACAUCGAGGACUCGGACGUGUACCGUAUGUUGCAGAAGGACCACGAGGAACCGUCGCAACCUCGCCAGUCGGGAUCCUUCAGGGCCUUGCAGGAAUUUGUGGAGAGCGACGGUCAUUGCACCAAGCCCAUCGUGACCCGAACCGUUAAGGCGCCCACCACUAAACCCGCAGCGCCCGCCGGAAACCUGCAGAAACUCCCCAUGUGCGACAAGUGCGGGAACGGCAUUGUCGGUACCGUGGUGAAGGCACGUGACAAGUUGCGGCACCCGAUUUGCUUCGUGUGUGCCGACUGUGACGUCAACCUGAAGCAGAAAGGUUACUUCUUUGUGGAGGGCGACUUGUACUGCGAGGUCCACGCCCGAGCCAGGACCAGACCGCCCGAGAGUCACGACCUCUAA